GCUCUCUGAUGUCAUCAUCAAGCGCCCCGUGCUCAGCGGUGAAGAUAUCAAGCUUGGACGCCAUUAAGUCUUUUAUUAAUUUUGUAGACGAAAGAAGUUCGAUAUGGCUGUGGAAUCCAGAGUAACACAAGAGGAGAUCAAGAAGGAACCAGAGAAGCCUGUUGAUAGAGAAAAGACAUGUCCGCUGCUGCUGCGAGUUUUUACGACUAAUAACGGAAGACACCAUCGAAUGGACGAGUUUGCCCGAGGAAAUGUGCCAUCGAGCGAGCUUCAGAUUUACACCUGGAUGGACGCCACUCUUAAAGAACUUACCAGCCUGGUGAAAGAGGUUUAUCCAGAGGCUCGAAAGAAAGGCACACAUUUUGCCUUUGCCAUUGUAUACCCAGAUCCAAAACGGCAGGUGUACAGAGUUAAGGAGAUUGGUAACACAGUGUCAGGUCGAAAGGGGGCAGAUGAUUCAAUGACCCUGCAGUCUCAGCGCUUCCAGAUCGGGGAUUACCUGGACAUAGCCAUCACACCUCCAAACCGCGCCCCUCCGAUACAAGGGCGCAUGAGACCAUACUGAUCUUCUGCAGCUCAUGGCUUUUUGUUUUUGCAUGU